GCUCGCAAGACACAGGUCCUUGUCUCGGUGGUUUCGUGGCCGUGCGCUCUCGCCGCCGUCUUUACGAGUCGUGAUGGCCCUCAAGCAUGGAUCCAGCUUAUUGUAAUCACUGUUUCUAGCACUAUACCUCUAUUCAUGCUCUUCGGGUAUCGCAAUUCUGGAAGUCAAUCUUGUUCGCUCCUUGAAAUCGCUAUUGAUGGCUUGGUCGCAUUGCUCCUGGUUGGGGUAUACACCUCCGGAAUGAUCCUCCUUUCUACUCAACAGAUUCGCGAAUGGGAAUCUCCCUGGGACUACACGAUUGCUCGUGGUCUUCCCCAGGUUUACUCCAACCUCUCAUGUAUCAUCCUCGGUCUGUUAUAUUUGCGCACCUUUUCUCAAGGCUUAUUCCAAAAAUGCAUUAUGCCUAUGCUCAGGGCCCGCCGCGUCAACUACACCCUUUGCCCAGCCUGUGACCAAUAUGUGGAUGUUCCGAUGACCAAGAGCCAGGAUGUGACCAUAAGCGCGGCGGAACAGGAAAGACCCUUUGGCUCGACUGACAGUCUUCGGGGUUUGUACUCUGAUGAUGUUGGGUCCCAGCUGUUGCUACCCGAGAGCUCCUUAGGUAUGGAGGGUGAGCAGACUACUGGAAUUGUAUCCAAUAACUGA